GUGAAGUGGCAGCGCUGAACUGCGUGCCAAUGCUGCCACAUUUUUCUGUCAUUUUGCAGAAAUAAGUCCAAUUUGAAUUUUUGCGUUUCGUUCAGCAAAUAUACCUAUAUGACUUGCCUCAGGCACUUGCUUGGGUAAAAUGUUUAAUGUGAAUACAGUUAUACAAACGCAAGGACUUAGCACAAAUUCGAGUACUAGCACUGCAUUCGAGGAACAUUCGCUUGAGCGCCACAGCCAAUUCCACGAACAAAAGUUAAUUGAGAAAUUUUGCCGGGCGACGCAACUAGUGAAAUUGAUUGAAGGGACCGUCGAGAACUUUCUGCGCAACUACAGGCGCACGCGCAAACCGGAGGAGGCGCUGGCGCCCCUGCGUCUGCGCCUGGACUUUAACUACGUUGAGCUGGUGGAGCACGCACCGCAAUUGCUGCACCUGGUCGUCGAGGAGCCUCUGCAGUUCGCCGAGGCGGUCAAGUACUCCGUCUACGGGCAGGUGCGCGAUUUGCUAAAAGCAAACGCCAACGACAACGGAAUCAAAGCGAUUGAUAUCGCCCAGCUGCAUACGCAUUGGCGUCUUGUGGAUCUGCCGCUACAGCAGAAUCUACUGUACAAUCCAACGCAGUAUCUGUACCGUUUGGGCCUGGCGCUGGUGAAUGGCUUCUUGUCCGCUUAUACGCCGCCGGAGACAUUAGUACUGCAAUCGAUUUGGUACUGUGCAGGCGGUUGCCUGCGGAAUGCGAUUCAAACCAGCUCCACGGAUGCGCCAUUGUGUCCCAACUGCUCGCGUCCCAUGAGUGAAUACCAAAAGCUGCGUGUAACAGAGAAUUAUCGUUUGAUCGCCGUAUUGCCGGCCGAGUGUGCGCAGAACCCGAGAUCAGUGGACUGCAUUUAUCGGCCAAUUCUGGUGCGUUUGCGUGCCCAUACAUACGACGGUGAUUUGAAGCUGGGCGCCAAUUACGUGAUAACUGGCUAUUAUUGCGGCACAGCUAGCAGCUAUCAGUUUGAAGCAUGCCAUCUAAGAAAAGCUUAAAGGCCUCACGCAAUCGCCGACAGCC